UCCAAGAGGCAAAGUUGCGUGGCCUUAUCUCCUCGCCGCUCCUUUCUUCUUCUUCAACUUCUCUGAAAAUGGCUUCUUCUUCUUCUUCCGUCGCGGUUGUUUCCUCCACAUACCAAACCCCUCUUCUCGAACUCCUCAAACGACCAACCACCGCAACAGCCUUCAUUUCUCUCGACAACCGCUCCCGCUUCAGCUCCGUUCUUCUCCGAACUUCCAACCUCAACAGGACCCGCCUCCGCCUUGUUUCUUCAGCCGUUGCCACCCCGAACUCCUCCGUCCUCACCGCCGAAGAAGCCUUCAAGGGUCUUGCUCUUGACGACGUUAACGCUGACGGGUAUGACCUUGCUCCUCCCACCACUGUCAGCAACGACGAGCUCGACAUUUCUAAGCUGGGUUUGCCUUCUGAACUCGUUCGUUCGCUUGUCAACCGUGGAAUCACUAGUCUUUUCCCCAUUCAGAGAGCUGUGUUAGUUCCUGCACUGGAAGGGAAAGAUAUCAUUGCUAGAGCAAAGACUGGAACUGGAAAGACCUUAGCAUUUGGAAUUCCAAUUAUCAAAGGUGUCACUGAUGAUUCACAAAGUCCUCAGAGGCGGUCUGGGCGUCUUCCUAAGGCGUUGGUACUUGCGCCGACUAGGGAGUUAGCGAAGCAGGUCGAGAAGGAGAUAAAAGAAUCUGCACCUUACCUGAGCACAGUCUGUGUUUAUGGUGGUGUUGCUUAUGCAACACAGCAAAAUGCACUUUCGCGUGGUGUUGAUGUUGUGGUUGGAACACCUGGCAGAAUAAUUGACCUAGUAAAUGGGAACAGCCUUAGACUGACUGAGGUUCAGUAUUUGGUCCUUGAUGAAGCUGAUCAGAUGCUUGCUGUUGGGUUCGAGGAGGAUGUUGAAACAAUUUUACAAACGGUCCCAACUGGGCGGCAGACCAUGCUUUUUUCUGCAACCAUGCCGGGUUGGGUGAAGAAAUUGUCAAGAAAAUAUUUGAACAAACCAUUGACAAUUGAUUUGGUCGGUGAGGAUGAAGAGAAGCUUGCACACGGGAUCAAGCUAUAUGCUGUAUCAGCCACUACAAAUUCAAAGCGGACAAUGCUUUCCGAUCUUGUAACUGUCUAUGCAAAGGGUGGGAAGACUAUUGUUUUCACGCGGACAAAAAAAGAUGCUGAUGAAGUAUCAUUGUCAUUAACAAAUAGUAUAGCUUCUGAAGCACUGCAUGGUGAUAUCUCUCAGCAUCAGAGAGAGAGAACGUUGAAUGGUUUCCGGCAAGGAAAAUUCACAGUGCUUGUUGCCACUGAUGUUGCCUCUCGUGGACUUGAUAUUCCUAAUGUUGAUUUGGUUAUACAUUAUGAACUUCCCAAUGAUCCUGAGACUUUUGUACAUCGCUCUGGUCGUACCGGUCGUGCAGGAAAAGAGGGUACUGCCAUUCUGAUGUAUACCAGUAACCAGAGGAGAACUGUUAGAUCCCUUGAGCAUGAUGUAGGCUGCAAAUUUGAAUUUGUUAGUCCACCAGCUACGCAGGAGAUUUUGGAAUCAUCUGCCGAGCAAGUUGUUGCUGCACUUAGUAGAGUUCAUCCUGAAUCUGUUGAAUUUUUCACCGCAACUGCACAAAAACUAGUUGAGGAACGAGGAACAAGUGUCCUUGCAGCUGCACUAGCACAACUGAGUGGGUUCUCUCGACCUCCAUCAUCCCGGUCUCUUAUCAAUCAGGAACAGGGAUGCAUUACAUUACAACUAACUCGAGAUCUAGAUGCUCUUCAUGGAAAAUAUCUUUCUGCUAGAUCAGUCACUGGGUUUCUUUCUGAUGUUUAUUCUCCAGCUGCUGAUGAAGUUGGAAAAAUACAUUUAAUUGCAGAUGAAAGGGUUCAAGGAGCUGUUUUUGAUCUUCCGGAGGAUAUUGCUAGAGAGUUGCUCAAGAAGGACAUACCCCCUGGAAACACUAUUUCCUUGAUCACCAAGUUACCUGCUUUGCAAGAUGAUGAACCUACAAGUGAUUACUAUGGGAGGUUUUCUGACAGAGGUCAAAGCAACCGGAGGGGGGGUUCUAGGGAUCGGGGAGGUUUUAGAAGCUCCUCAUCGGGAUGGGGUGGGGACCGAAGCUCUGAUGACGAGUUUGGCAAUACAUAUGGGAGAGGGGGGAGAGGUGGGAGAGGUGGUAGAAGUUAUGGAUCCGGUAACAGCAGGUCUGGAAUGGGAAGAAGAAGCAGUGGGGAUGACUGGCUAAUUGGAGGUGGACGAUCAAGCAGGUCUUCACCAUCGAACAGAGGCAGCAGUGGAGGUGCCUGUUUUAAUUGUGGACAAUCUGGGCAUUUUGCAGCAGAGUGUCCCAAAAAACGGAACUCAUUUUAGUCUACUCUUCUUUAAUUUUUCCGCCAAACUGUCCAAGCUGCUGCUGGUGAUGGCCUAAUGGAUUCAGGAAAUUAAAAGAUGCUUCCCAGAUUGAAUUACAGAAUCAAUGCUGUUCAACUUGUCUCGUGUUUAGUAAUCUCCAUAGCUUUAGUCCUAGGUUUUUCUCUUCUUUACUCUUAAUGUAAAAUUUAUUUAUCAUUUUCCUUGUUUGGUAAGAACAGUGAUUGUAUAGUGCUGUUUUGACUGCUUAACCAUGUCUAUGAUCCACUUGAACCUAAAUAUGUUUCAGAAAAAGGCAGGAAUAGCUUUAUAUGCAAGACAUGUUUCCAAUUGUUUAAUAUAAAUAUCGUACAAGUUAGACAUGUCUACAA